AUGACCAAGAACCAAAUGCGCCGGGCGAAGAAGAAGGAGCAGAGGAAGGCCCAAGCCGACGGUGAACCAAAUGGUUCCAAGGAACCUGAGAUCAAGGAGGAGCCGACGAAAGACGAGACGCCCGUGGAUGGCGACAGCAGACCAACUGACCUCGAGGUCAAGAAGGACCCCGACGCGUCCGCCAAGAUCGAUGCCGACGGCCCAGUCGACGACCCCCUUCUAGCCGAGGACGAUCCCGCGUUUGCCGCAUACAAGACUGUUUUUGAAAGAUUUGGCUUGAGCUUGGACGAUGAGGAGGUCUCGAGGGAAGCCAACGCGGGGAACAAGGGCGAGGUCUUCUUCGACCAGGACGACGAGAUCCCUAGCGAGGAUGAAGAUGCGCAGCAGAAAAUGUCCAAAAAGAAACGGAAAAAGCUGAACAAGCUGUCCAUCGCCGAACUCAAGGCGUUGGUGCGGAAUCCCGAGGUUGUCGAGUGGCACGAUGUCUCGUCAUCCGAUCCUCGCCUCCUCGUCCAGAUCAAGGCGCAGCGCAACAUUGUCCCCGUACCAGGGCACUGGUCCUUAAAACGCGAAUACCUCUCCAGUAAACGGGGUGUCGAGAAGCCGCCCUUCAAGCUGCCCAAGUUCAUCGCUGAGACCGGUAUCACCGAGAUGCGCGAUGCCGUCCUCGAGAAGCAGGCGGAGCAGACACUCAAGCAGAAACAGCGCGAGAGGGUACAGCCGAAAAUGGGCAAGCUCGAUAUCGACUACCAGAAGCUCUACGACGCCUUCUUCCGCCAUCAAACAAAGCCGGACCUGACACGGUUUGGUGAUGUCUACUACGAAGGCAAGGAGUGGGAGGCAGACUACAAGGUGUUCAAGCCCGGCGACCUCAGCGAGGCAUUAAGGGAAGCGCUCGGUAUGCAGCCGGGUUUCCCCCCUCCGUGGUUGCUUCAACAACAACGCGUUGGCCCACCGCCCUCCUACCCAACCUUCAAAAUCCCCGGCCUCAACGCCCCUGUCCCACCCGGAGCAGCAUGGGGUUUCCAACCCGGUCAAUGGGGUAAACCCCCACUAGACGAAUACAACCGUCCUCUCUAUGGUGGCGACAUCUUCGGUAUCAUGGCCCCCGGCCAACCCGGCGCCGCGGCGCCCUACCAACAACAGCCGCAACAACCCCAAGCCGCAGCUGCCACCUCCCUCGCCGAGCCCGUCGAGCGCAGCCUCUGGGGCGAACUCCAACCCCCGGCCGAAGAGUCCGAGGAAGAAGAAUCCGAAGUAGAGGAGUCGGACGAGGAAGGCUCAGAAGCGGGCGACCUCCCACCGGGCGGCACCGACACGACCACCGGCCUCGAGACCCCCGGCGGGUACGCCAGCACCGUCCACGCCGACAUGCACGCGGCCCCCGCGGGCGUCGAAACUAGCAUGGCAGGCGAGUUCGACCUCCGCAAAACCCGGCGCGGCUUCGAGACGGAAGAAUCCUCCUACGGCGGGCCACGGCAAGCCUACACGGUCAUCCCCGAACGGCAGGGACGCGCGGAAGGCUUCUUCGGCAGCGACAAGACGUACGACCUAUCCAAGGGCGGCGCGGCGGGCGCUCCCCUCCCCGUACUCGGCAGCGGGCACGACAGCGACGACGGCGCGCGCAAGCGCAAGAAGCCCGGCGACGUGGACGUGGCGCUCGACCCGGACGCGCUCGCGGCGUCGGGCGGGCUGGACAAGGAGCAGCUGCGGCGCCAGUUCGAGGCCGGCCGCCGCGAGGAGGGCGUCGGCGCCCAGUGGAGCCGCUCCGCGGCUUACGAGGAGGACCUGAGCGAUAUGAUCGCCCAGGAGAGCCGGAAGCGGCAGCGGAGGGAGGAGGAGCGCCGGGGGGAGCGGGAGAAGGGGAGGAGGUAG